GCACGGGCAGGGCCAGGGACUAACCCAAACGGCAAAAGGACCCAUGGGUUGGUGGAUCAUUGAAUCAUUGGAUCACUAACGGGCCGGCCCUAAGGGUACCGGAGAAAGGCAUGGAAGGGACAGAAUGUUAUGUGUCGGACGCGACGGGAGGGAUUGGGAAAAGGGAAGGGAGUAGGGAGUAUGCAAAGGCGCAUGUUGAAGGCCGAUUCAGCACGAGAUGCAGGUCUACUUCGGGCUGCAGUGGACAGCCUCGGGGAGGUGAGAUCUCGAGGGACAAUAAGAUCCGGGGCGGCGUAAUCCAGACUUUCCUCAGGCCUCAAGAGAUCCCAGCCAUGGGCGAUACUGCGUACUGUGUAGCGUUGGACCUGGUGAUGGGCUUCAGGGUCAAGCGAACGUCCUAUCACACACCUUCGGGGAUGAUUGGCCACCGGUUGAUACGGUAUUGUAUGACCUCCUGUCCAUCUGAUCAGGGCCCCUCCUCCGGCUGGGACGGUACGGUUCUGUCCCGGCAGGCGAUCAUGGGAUGGGGGACACUGACACCGGCGCUGACUUUGGCCCUGACACACGGACUCCGUUUUUUUUGGGCAUCAUCCCAGGCCAAGACUCCCAAGGCUUGAGGGUAGGCGGGUGGGUUCAGGUACCUACCGACGUCUUGGAAGAACCGCCUGCGACGGUGAGGACGCGCGAGAGUCGCUGAGU